AUGGCGGAAGGCAGCACAAGCGGAUUAUCAGAGCUCCCACAACACAUUAUCCAUCACAUCCUCUCUUACCUCUCAGCAGAAGAAUCAACAAAAACGAGCUUAAUAUCGAAAUCAUGGUUAAGCGCGUGUCAAACCAGCCCAAAAUUGGAAUUCAAUCCUCACGUCUACUUCUCCAGGAAACUCAAUCCAGCUCGCUUCUGGGAUUGGAGCAAAGAAAAGAGAAGGGAGAAAUACGAGGAGUUCUUCCAACACGUGAAGAAAGCCCUGAAGCCGUAUAGCAAACAGGGGUUACGCAUAAACACGGUUAAUUUCACGCUUGAAGCGACUCGCGAUUCUCAGUGGAAUCCACUCCUUGAGAAAUGCACAAAAAUAGCCGUGAAAAAUGGGGUAAGGAAUCUUGAUUUUUUUAUCCCGGAAUGUGAUUUGCCAGCAAUUGUAUUUAGAGCUAAAUCACUUGUUGAUUUAAGUGUUAGAGAGGGUAAUAUUAAGCGAAUGUCAGUUGGGGAAAUUAUAUGUCCUGGGCUUAGAAAACUGUGCCUUAAAUGGGUGAGUUUGGACGUGGAGAUGUUUAAUAAUAUAAUUGAAAGCUGCUCUUUUAUUGAAGUAUUGGAAGUUUGGUAUAUCCAGGUGUUUGAUGAUUUUAAGGUGACUAAGUUGAACAACCUUAAGGAACUUACAGUUCGGUUAUUCGAAAAUCAGUGGGUUAAAGUUGAAGCACCAAAGCUUGAGUUGCUAACUUGCACAGAUGAUGAGAAUUGGUUUGAGGGUGAGGAUGGGGAUGAGGAAGACAGAUUGACUUGUGGGAUUAGAUUCCCUGCCUCGCACUAUCAGAAUCUCAAGUCUUUACUGUUUAGUGGGAUUGGGAUAGAUGACACUUUCUUUAUAGAUUUGGCGUGUAAGUUCCCCAACCUUGAAGAUUUAAUGGUCAGAUAUUGCCAAGAGCUAGAAAGUAUCAAGAUUUCGAGUCAGUCCCUGAAAAGAAUAGAGUUGAUGGACAAUAAAAAAUUGGUAGAAGCACAGUUUGAAGUUCCCAAGAUUCUAGCCUUCGAAUAUUCUAAUGUAUGCGACAUCAUACCCCGAUUUCUUUUUGCGACUGCCUCAAGUUGUUGGACUUCUUCCAUUUGUUUAUGGUGCAGGGAACAUGUAGAUGUUUCAUGGUUUGUCAAAUUGAAAGAAUUAUUAGCAAGUUUAUUUCAGUCUGAAGUUUCACUUGACAUUGACUUUAUAUGCAGCGUAGCCUUUGAUCUGAAUGAGAUUAGGGAUAUUGUCAAAAUUCGUGAACCUCAAGAGGUGCAGAAGUUGACUUUACAUUUUGACUGGAUGUUCUCUUUAGAGAAGGGAUUUUCAGCUCUCGAUGGUCUUUUCUGGGUUUGUCGCCCUAAAUAUGUAAACACAGAGUGGCAUGAUAGCUUAGAGAAGAAUGACGCGGUGAAGUUUCUAUACGACACACUGAUGUUCAGAAGAACUCAGGAUCAGUUUCAGUAUUCGUUGCAAAGUAAGUUCUGGCAGCAUGAUUUGAAGGAAGUAAACAUUGAGGUCCUUGAUAGAUCUAUAUGCAUGAUAGGGGAUAGAGUCAACUUUACGACAAAGGGGAAAAAUGAGCAUCAGCAAGAAGAUUUGGACUGGGAGAACAUUCUGAAUUUGUUAAGGAAUGAUGGAAGCUUUGGAACGAUGGUCUACUUCAAGUUACAGUGGUAA